AUGAUAUUGCUUAUUUCUAAAUAGAGAAAGAGAAUAAUCAUUUAUAUAUUUCUUAUAAUAUACAGACUUUAUUCAAUAAUAAGAUUUUCUUGUUGCAUGGUAUUUAUUAUUCAGCCUAUAGCAAAUUUACAUAAAUUCCAGAAUUCUUAUAAAUUCAAAUUAUUUUUACUAUUAUUAAUGAAUACAACUAAUUAGUUACAAUACUAUUAUGUAAAAUUUAUUUAGGAACUAAACUAGUUUUUUUAUAUACACUCUUUAAAAAAAUUGAAUAAAUCUACAAUUAGCUUUGCAAAGAGACAAUAUUAAUCAAUAAUGAAAACUUCACUAAUAUUUCUCUAUAUUUCUACUACUUGGUUGCACAAUGUCAAAACAAAUCAUUGUAAGUCUACAACAUAUUAAAUAAAAAAGGUAAAUAACUUAAUUAGAGAAAUACAUCAGAUUAAUCUAAUAUUCUUUUUAUAUAUAAUGAAUUAUUAGCAUAUACCUAUAUAGAUAUAGAAUAUAAAUUUCAUAUCUACAUAAAAAAAUUAACUAUCUAGAUAGGAAGAUUUUAUGUAAUUUGUGUAAUCUUUUUGAUAGAUUAUUUUCAGUGA